AUGGUGUCUUACGCGCGCGCGCACGAUCGGCGCGCACCCGCGAUCGGCGGCGCCGUCAAGCCCGUGCGCGAGGGCGAGCGCGAAUACGGGCGCGUCGUCACGCUCAAGGAAAGCUUUGGAUUCAUACGAUGCGGGGCGAGAGUGGAGGACCCGUCGCAGGGCGAUCGCCGCGCGAGAGGUGGACCGCCGCGCGAGGCGCAGGUGUUCUUCCACGCGAGCGAGUUCCAUCGCGAGCUGGCGAACCGAGACAAACCGGCGCUCGAUCCUGGGGACCUCGUGAGCUUUGUGUGCGGACCGAGCCCGAACAGGGACGGACUCAACGCGUUUGACGUUCAAAAGUGCGACGACGUGGACGUGGCGUGGCGCAUGGUGAGCGAGAACGUCAUCGGGGCGGUGUCGAGGACGUUGAGAGGGAAAAUGAAACGCGACGCCUACGGCGGGCGCGUGGCGUACCAAGCGUACGACGAAGGCGACGCGAGAGCGUCAACGGAAGAAGAGUCAGAAUCCCGACGCGAUGCAGAAUCGAAACUUGAGCAAGAUGACGAGAGCGCCGUGGACAUGGACGCCAUGAAGGACGAAAUCGAGUUUACCGGAGCCGAUCUCGCCGAGGCGUGUCGGCUGUCAAAGCUCAGGCAAGGCGUCAAGGUGAAGUUCACGCUUUCGUUCGAUCCGUACUCGCGCGCCAUGCGCGCGUCAGAUAUUCGCGAAGCGUUCCCACAGUCAGAUAACUCGGCGGAAGCCGCCACGGGCGUGGACAGCAAUGAUUGGAAUAGAGAAAAAGCCCCGCUGGCGGAGGACGAGUUUGGUGUGAUUAGCAUAAUCAAGUCCAGUUAUGGAUUUAUCAAGUGUUGUUCUAGACCGAAAGAUUUGUUCUUUCAUUUUAGUGAAUUAAACGAAGACGUGGAUGCGGCGCGAACGGGACAGGAGGUGAGUUUUCAGGUAACCACGGAGCCUAGGACUGGAAAAGUCGUCGCGGCCGGCGUGAGAUUCGCGCCGAAAGGCAGCGCGGUUUUCGCGACGGUCGACGACAGACCGUGUCGUGGGGUUUGCACGACGAAGCUGAUGUUCACAAAAGGGUUCCCUUCCAAGGACGGCGAUCGAUCGACUCCUAAGGGCGUGGUAGAAGAAAUGACGGGUCGAGAUGGAGAAACGAAAAAAUUUGCAUUUGAUCGUAGUGGGCUGCUCGACGCUCGGCAAAACCCUCGAGAAGGAGAAUUGGUACAGUUUUGCGUGCAAACGGACAAGCGAACAAACGUCGCGUCGGCGUGCAAAGUGCAAAUCAUGCGUUUCACUGGCAAGGUGACGUCGACGAAGAGCGACGGCUUGUACGGUUUCGUCGAGCACGUCGAUCAAGGUACGGGCGUUCAAGGCAAGGCUUUCGUGCACGGGGCUGAGGUGGAGGGUCAAUCCAAGCUUAACGUCGGCGAUGAGCUCGAGUAUGCGCUUCAAGUUGGACGGAAAGCAGAUGAAUUUGCAGCCAAGCGCGUGAAAGUCGUCGUCGCGGCGCCCGUAGAUCCAAACGCGGCGCCAAGUCGCCCUGAUUCGCCUCGCGUCAACCGAGACAAUCAGUUCUCGGGCUCGCAGUUCAAAAUCACCAAGGGCCCCGACGGCACUCGCGGCUUUGAAAUGGGGCGCGGAAAAGGUUUAGCGGAGAAAGCAGCCGCAAACUUUUCACAACUGAAGAUUGAAGCUCAAUCUUUUGUCCCUCUCCCUCUCGGCGGCGCCGAAAACGGCGACGAGAGUCCCGGCGACGCCGUGAGCGUCAAAGCGAGUGCGGUCGAGGACGCGCCGUAG